AGACAUGGCGGAGUUGUUGUCGGGUGUAAAAAUCCAGUUGAAAGACGGUAGCCAAGUGGAUGCCGGCGAUUAUCUCAAAGGAAAGAUGGUCGGUCUCUACUUCUCCGCCAGUUGGUGUCCUCCGUGUCGAGCAUUCACGCCAAAACUGAAGAGAUUCUACGAAGCCGUCAAGGAGUCCCAUCCGCGAAUUUG